AUGUCCAGAUUAGCAAGAAAUCACUCAAAACUAAUGUGUACUAUAUGUUAUAUUCUGAUCUAUCUAUGCAUACGCCCUGUAUGGGUGAGGAGCUGCACCUUUCCAAAUUUUACAUGGCCAAAGUUCUGCAGGUGUAUGGGGUUUCUUCAGGACCAACAGCGUGGAUGUUCAGGCGAGAUAGCCAUGAUGGGAACACGAUUCAUAUGCUUCAGUUCCAUCCAUGCUCAGGCCAAUAUGCAAAUUGCUGGUGGAGGACAACAGGGUCGACGAGAUGCACAAUUCCUAUGCUUCAGGCGACACAGCCAUGAUGGGAACACGACUCAUAUUCUUCAGUCUCUAUUUCGACUAAGCUGUGAUUAG